AUGGCGAUUAUAAAGGCCGCGCUGGAUGUAUUUUCUUCGACGUCCUUUGGAGAGGAUGCAGUCCUGGUCUGUUCCGAGGACCUCCACAGAGCAGUGGCCCUCGUCUCCUACUUUAAAAACAGAUAUAAACCAGAUGGGGAACGUCAGGCAUCAGUUGCAGCGGCGCCAGUGACAUACAGAGAUGAUGACAACAAAAAGGCGGAUGAUUCUAAAAAUACGCUGACCCAGAGUAACAAGGAGGAAGAAGCAUUCACUAAUAUCACAACAUAUUCCAAAUUUUCUCCAAAGCUGGCCGCCGUCUCUGAAUAUUGGAAAGAAAUUCUGGUCGCAGUUUCAUAG